GUUAGUGAUAAUUAGCAACACCUACGCAUGUACACGAAGAUUUCAUUUCAUUUCUUAUAUGAAUUUAGCGAACAACUAGAAUUCAAAACCUUAAAAAGUCGGUAUUAGGUUAGGACUAAAGUAAUUUCACGAGGAGUAACGUAACGAGAUGCCCGGACCAGGACCCUGCCGGCCCCCGCCUCUGUUUCAGUCUCCGGAAAGUUUCCUCUCUCUUUCCUCCGUCUCUUCCUAACUGUUAAACCGUGGGCGGACAAGGAGCCGGGGAACACCAGCUUUUUCAUGCAGCAGGGUAAAGGAUGCCUCACCGAUAGAUAGCCAAGCCUAAUGACGCAACGGGUUUACUCAAUCCAGCAGAAUAUUGUGAGGGACAGGAUUAUACAUGCAGGGUUUCCUAUGACCAAAAGCAGACUGAGGACUCAGAAACUUACAGAUAUAACGUGACAGUUCCUUCACAUCCAGUUUUAAGGAAACUACCUUCUCCUCCGCACACCAGCUGAGCCACCGAUGCAAACUUGAAUCAUGACAUUGAUUGCGUUACUGUUUUUACCCUGUGUUUUCAGUGCACACACGCGCAUGUUAGUCCCUGGAUAUGAAGGAGCCACAGACACGCACAGAGAGAGCCGCAAAGUUCUGACGACAACAGACAAAGAAUGUAAAUUCCCAUUUCGUCAGGGUGGCAGGCUUCACCAUCACUGCAUCACGGUCCUGUCGUCACAACCAUGGUGCUCUCUCACUCAUAAUUUUGAUCGGGACCGAAAGUGGGGCUACUGUGCACCAGAGAAAAGUCAACCAAAUGUUUCUGACCACACACCUCGCAGAAUUACAGACCCUUGUCAAGUGAAUCCGUGUCAGAAUGGAGGUGUCUGCAAGUUGAUUCCACACAUACGCACAUUUGAGUGCUCGUGUCCUGAUGGCUUCUCUGGAAGACUGUGUGAUCAAAAGAGGUGCUAUGAAACCGUACACCUGCGCUAUUAUGACAUUGGAGAAUCUUGGGGACGAAUUCAUCUCCGUAAUGUGGAACAGUGCACAUGUGUGGCAGGGGAAAUCAAGUGUGAAAGAGUCCGAUACACAAUGUGUCGUAAAAACCCUUGUUUCAAUGAUGGAGUGUGUCGACUAAUCACAACCACCAACAAGGAGGUGUGUAACUGCAGGCAUGGCUUUGGCGGCUCAGACUGUAGUGUUGAGCCAGAGGCAGAGUGCUAUAACGGCAGGGGGAAGAGUUACAGAGGACUGGGGAACACCACAGUGUCUGGCACCCGGUGUCUGUCGUGGAACUCAGACCUGCUGCAUGACGAGCUCCAUGUUGGCACGGUGGUUGCAUCGCCCCUCAGGGGACUUGGCGAGCAUGCUUACUGCAGAAACCCAGAUGGGGACAAGAUGCCGUGGUGCUACACACUUGCUGACAAUGCCAUCUCCUGGGAAUACUGUGACAUCCCCUCCUGUGUGAUGCAUGUGUGGGGGAAUCAGCCAGCAUCAAAAAUAUUCAGAAGAGCUUCUUCUCGAAGGAUUAUCCCCUUUAAAAAGCCUAACACUACCAAGAAGCCUGUGUGUGGAAAAAAGCACAAAAAGAGGUUGUCGAUAGCAAGGGGGCGGAUAUUGGGUGGAACUUCAUCGUUGCCGGGUACUCACCCCUGGAUGGCAGCGAUUUACAUUGGAAAAUCUGACUUCUGUGCUGGUACCCUGAUAUCCUCGUGUUGGGUCAUCUCUGCGGCACACUGCUUCUUCCGCAACCCAUUGAAGUCUCAGCUUCGCGUGGUUCUCGGCCAGCAGAGGUUCAACGUAACCGGUCUCAAUACCAGGACGUUUGAAGUGGAACAAUACAUCUUUCCGAAAGAGUUCUCUGUGUUUAAUCCCACUCUACAUGACAUUGUUCUGAUCAAACUGAAGAAGCAGGAGGGGCGGUGUGUGAGGAGAACACCGUUCAUCCAGCCAAUCUGUCUCCCAGACAAAAGCACAGCUUUUCCUGAUCACUACUGCUGCACCAUUAGCGGCUGGGGACACAUGUAUGAGAAGGCAAAGGGGUAUUCCAGUCUACAAGAGGCUGGAGUGAGACUCACUCCUCAUGACGUUUGUAGGAAACCUGAAGUGUACGGCAACCACGUCUCUGCUGACAUGAUCUGUGCGGGGCUCGGCGGCUGUGUAGACGCAUGUCAGGGAGACUCUGGGGGCCCUCUGUCUUGUGCGAGGGAUGAAGUCAGUUUCCUGUAUGGGAUCAUCAGCUGGGGAGAAGGCUGCGGUCGCUCUGAAAAACCUGGUGUUUACACUAAAGUGGUAAACUAUAUCGACUGGAUCAAUUCCGUGAUCAGACGUAAACCUAGAACCUCAUGAAUGGAGAUUAUACCUGGACACUGGCUUUAGUAGAAUUUAAUGUAUUCAGUUUUGUUAUUGUUUAUGGAGGUUUUAUAGGGUAUUUAACUGUGAAAAUAUUUUGACUGAAUAAAGUUUUACUGACUUGAUAAAUCUUUGUCUUACAGACAAAUUCAUAUGUUUUUUUUCUUGACAAACUCUCCCAACUUAAUGUGCAGUUGCUUUUUUUCCCCCCCCAAAGCUUUCAUCUGUCUGACAUGGCUUUUAUUAGUAAGUUUUUUUUUUUUUUUUAUCAUGGAGAUGGAGCUAGUAAAUAAAAUAAUCUAGGGGUUUCAACCAAUAUCACAUUGUGAUUUUUUUUG